AUGUCCGACCCACGCGAGCAGACACAAGAGAAUUCCGAAGUUUCGGAUCCAUCAACGCAUCAAGACGAUCUCUCGGAUCUGCUAGCUGAAUACCCAUUCGGUCACAUAAAGCGCGGAGCCCACGAAGUCCACGAACUACAGGGCGUAUCAAUGAACCGCAAAGACGUCGUAGAUCUACUAGACGCUUACGCAGCCCUAGACAUCUGGUUCUACGUCCCCAACCCCCACUCCGACCUAAAACAACUAGAAGUCAACUUCUACCUAACCGACACCAACAUCUCCGCCACCAACACGCGCCAUGCACUCGUCCUCGUCCGCCACUUUCUCCUAUGCGUAGCCACAUUGCCCCACUUGCAUACUCUCGUUAUUAAUACAGACGUUCCAGAGUCAGCGACCCAGUCGCCGGAGACUGAGCUGCUCCAAACGCGGUUUAUCAAGGAGAUUAUGCGGGAGGUUUUUGCGUGGUUUAUAGGUGGUGGGGAGAAGUUUCGAGUUAUUUUGUGUACCAUGGGGGAGAUGGAUGUUGGGGGUGGUUUUAGGCAUGUUUUAAGAGAGGCUGACGGGGAGAAAGCGGGGAUGAGCGUGAGCCCUUGGGAGCAAAAGUUUGGAGGAAUGAAGAGGAGCGGGAUUGUUUGGCGGAGGGUGGCAUCUUCUGCGACCUCGAUGCCGAGAAGAGCUUCCGUGUAA